AUGUAGCCGUUGCGUUGCGUGACAAUUUUCGCGUACAACCUGAUAGGCAACUUUUGCCGCGCCUGAAUGAAAAAAGCACUCACCGGUAGUAAAAAGGGCGUACACGUACUACUGUUUUGCGAGGGCGUGUAAAAGUGAAUUGGUAAAGCGUGUCAACAACUGGUCGAUACAGGAAAUUCGCCUGAUUUCGAAACUCCUCGGAUAUAUUUAUAACUGUAGUGUGCGUUAAUACAUCAAUAUCUGUGUUGACUUUGUAAGAUUGUGAAAUUUAUUUUUCGGACAUUUUGAAAAAUUUAUAAGGGAAUAAAAGAUCGCUUAAAAUAUGGCGAAAAAUCCUUUAAGUUGUGGGGCUAAGUGCUCGAGGAUCACCUUGAUUACAUUGAACGUAAUUUUCCUGUUUCUUGGCAUUACACUGCUAGUCUUGGGUAUUGUGUUCCGCUUUGGAGGUAGUGAGUUAAAAGAAGACAUAGAACCAACAUUUAAAGACAUCCAAAUCAGCAACUACGAUCUGUACUCACUGCUCAAUAGUUUGGCUAUCAUCUUUAUUGUCAUCGGGGCUGUUGUAAUCUUGUUUUCCUUCCUCGGAUUUGUUGGUGCCGUGUGCCUUGUCAAAGGAGCUCUUGUAUUUUACUCGAUUCUGAUUGGUCUAUGUUUAGCUCUGGAACUAGCCGGUGUUAUUCUGUUUUUCGUUUUACGUGGCGAGUUGACUAAAGCGGUGCGCCUUGGAAUGAAAGAAUCUAUUGAAAAAGCCAAUGCUGGGCAAGAAGAUUACCUUAAAGCUACACAAUAUAUGUUUAAAACUUUUGAGUGUUGCCAUGUGGAUAAUGAAAAAUUAGACCCCGGUAAUUUGGGCGAGGCUGAGGGCACAUGUAUGACCAUGGGAGAUAAAUAUUCAGUAGACUGUUACGAUGCAUUUACUGAUUGGAUAAAAGGUUUCCAAGUUGCCUUUGUUGUCGUCGGAAUCUGCGGCAUGAUUGUUCAGAUAUUACUUAUUAUAUUUGCCUGUUGGGUGUGUCGAUCAGCUUCGGGCAAGGGAGAAAUUGUUUAAAUAUGUUUGAAAUAUUUAUGGACAACGUGUGAAUGAAUUGUAUGAAGAAUAUCAAGACCCGCAACUUAGCAAAAGUCAACGCAUCAUUAAAACACAUAAUGUGCAAUAUAUGUGCUAUUUAUAGAAUUAUAGAGUUGUAUAACGUGUGUAUUUCAUCGCCAUUGUCUAGAAAUUAGAGACAAAAGUUGAUAGAUUAAUUGUAGUCAUAGGCCAGUAGUACAAAGCCAGUUCAAAAAAUAUAUAAUCAGGUUAUGUUAAAAAAAACUAUUUAUUUAAUGAAAACAAAACCUAAAGAAUUCAGGUAACUUUUGCAUAUAAAAUAACGAUUUCACAAAACAUGCAAAAAGCAAAUAGUUCAAUUUGAAACGAAUCGUGCCAAAAUUGUGCAAAAAAAUCCUAGGGCUGGAAAAUUUGGAAAUGAAAGAUAAUUUAACUGAAGCAUGCAAUAACUGUCCUUGAUUGCCAUGAGCAAAUGACCAAAGAAUUAGAAAAAAAAUCACACAAACAUAGCCAAAAAUUAGUAGAAAUUAAGAAAUAUCUUAAGCCGAUAGAAAAAAACCCAUGACAACAACAAAAUAAGCACGCUUUUAGACACAUCAGAAAAGUCAGCUAAACCUGUAUUUGCAUGCCUAUUGCUUCAAAUUGCAGGUUUGUCUUAAGUAGUAUAAACUGCUUUUUAUAUAGAAAUUUAAUCUGCCUUGUUGCCAUUUGCUUUGUCAUGAAAAAGUACUUGACAAAUAGCAGGUCGAAAAUAACUGGUCAAAUGAGAACCAUUAUAAGGAAUUGCAAUGGUAAUUUAAGCUUUAAACGGUAGAGCAUACAUUUAACUUGUACAUUUGUAGAUGUUAUUUUCAUGUUAUGAUUAGAAACUGUUAUUUUCAAUUACAUUUAUGUAUUGUUGAUAUUUUCGUAGUAUUUCUGUAAAAUAAAAAUGGUAAUAAAAAACAUUCUUUUUCUGUA